AAAGUAGCCAUCUUGAAUUUAUCUUUUCGUAUAGCGGAUUUCUAAAAAAAAUUAAUUUUUUUUAAUAAUUAAUAAAUUUAAUAAUAUAUAUCCGCAUUGAAAUUGAAAAUGUACACGCCGAUGAACGGCAAUAGUCAGAGUAUAAUUCAAAAUUAGAUGGUGUUAAGGACUAUGAGUCAUUUUAAGGGUUGGGUUUUCUGGAUUAUUGUGAACUUAUAUUGUCAAAAUGCGACAUCCAAUAACGACAUGGCAGUGUUAACUGCUCUUCGAGAUACAAUCGAGUUAUCAAACUCAGAAAACCCAGGAUCGGUGUCAGGAACAUCGCUCUCACAGUCUCAAAAAGACGCAAUUCUACAGUUACAUAAUGCAUUUCGUUCUAUGGUCAAACCAACUGCAUCAAAUAUGUUGCGUAUGAUGUGGGACGAAGAUUUAGAAAAAAUAUCUACAAACUUUGCAAGUAAAUGCAUUGUCGCUCAUAAUCCUGACAGGCAUAAGCUUGCUAAAAAUUAUGAUUGGGUCGGAGAAAAUAUAGCAUGGGGUACAGGAACCUGUGGAGAUAAAGAAUGUGGCGAUGUAUAUGAGGGAGUUAAACGAUGGUUCAGUGAAAGCAAGAGCUAUAAUUUUUUAACAGGCCAAUGCUCAGGAAAAUGUACAUUGUAUACUCAAAUGGUAUGGUGGGAGAGCAACAAACUUGGUUGUGGUGCAAAACGUUGUGGAGAUCGUACCAUUCUUGUUUGUAACUACGCUCCAGGUGGUAAUUAUGUUGGUCAGAGACCUUAUAAAACAGGAAAAUCGUGUAGCGAAUGUCCAAGCGGGCUUUUAUGCGAGGAUAACCUAUGUACAGAGAGUAAAAAAACCGAAACAAAUCCAUCAGAGUCUGAAGAAAGUUCAAAAACGGAAAAAACAAUUUCGAAACCUGAAUGUCAAGGAGAUGUUUCUAAAAAACAGUCUACUGGAGUAAAUAUUCUCUUAUGUCCAAAUUUACGCGGUCAAACAACAAUAUCAGUUGAACCAGCAAAUCUUCCUGUAAUGGCUAUUGCAAACAACGACCAUUCCUUAUUACCAUCGUUGUCUUCUUUGCCGUCAUUGCCAUCGUUACCUUCUGGUUGGAGCGAGCUACCAUUUCAUCUAUCUCAAGUUGAUUCUGGUAUAUCGCCUUAUAUAGUUGGAAUUAAUGGCAAACACGAAGUAUUUUCUUUUGGAGCUAGCAACGUAUUAAAAAAAAUUGACGGCACAAUGCAUCAUGUAUCAUCUGGACAGUCGGGAGUUUGGUCAGUUGGAUUAUUGGGAAAUGUAUUUUUUCGUAAAGGAACCGAACCAGACGCAGAAGAUUUAAAUAGCAGAGAAAACAUUUUAACGUCUUUUUGGGAAAAAAUUCCUGGCAAUUUAAAACAGAUCGAUGCUGGAAUAACUGGUGUCGUCUGGGGAGUUAAUCGAUACAAUAGAAUAUUUUGCAGGAUUGGCAUUACUCGCGAUCGACCCGAGGGAACUGGAUGGAUGAGAAUUGAGGGUAACAUGAAGUAUGUUUCGUGUGGUGAAUUUGGCUGCUGGGCAGUGAAUAAACGAGACAAUGUUUAUUUUCGUGUUGGAAUAACUGAAGUUUUACCGCAAGGAAUACAGUGGACGGUAGUUCCAGGAAAACUUAGAAUGGUGGAGAGUGGUCCAGCAGGUUUAACAGUUGGUCUUAGUGACACAAAUGAUGUGUUUUUACGUCAAGGUGUCACCGCAAUUAAACCUGAAGGUGUAAAGUGGGUAAAGCUAGAUCUUAGACUUGCUCAUGUUACAGUUGGUAAUAAAGGAAUUAUUGGGAUUUUACCUGAUGGCACUGUUGUCAUUCAUCGAGAUGUCAACAGUUUUGUUUACCAAAUGCCUACUAUUCCACCUACAAACUUUCCAUUGGUUCCCUCUCAAGAGUCACCACUAGACGCUUUUACAUCGCCAAGACCUUUACUAGGUUUUCCUAAUGUUAGUCCCGAGACAUCUCAGACACUUGAAGAAUCUAUCAACUCUCUUCAACAACUAAAUCCUAAUGCACUUUCCUUAUUAAAUUCAGGAACGCCCAUAGAUAAGGAGCAGCUUCAUAUUUCACCAGAUAUGGCAGCUAAAAUUUUAAAACUUAUUGAACAAAAAGGCAAUCAGUUUGAAGAUUCUCACAAGGCAGCAGCAGCUGCUGCAGCUUUAUCCAGAAACUCAUCAGCCAAAAUUUUAAACACAGUCUUAGAAAAAAAUGACGAUCUCAAUGUUCCACCUGGUAUUGCUGAGACACGUAUGCCUGCAAAAAAUGCUUCUCUUGAUGUAUUAAAUAAACACUUUGCACCCGUGAUGGUAGAUUCUCAUCAAACUGAUGAAAACAAACCAAAGUCUUCAUUAGAGACAAAAGCAACUAGCCAAGAAACAUCAUCUGAUAUACCAAUUCCGCGAGAAAAUAAUGGAACUGAUCCCAAAAUUCAUGAGCCAACUACAACAGCUUCAACAACUAAAAUAGCUCAACAAGUAAAAACUAUAACUACACAACGUAUAACAAGUUCUGUAACUCCUACGACUAGUCAAAUGCAAACAACAAACUCUAGGUCUUCUGGAUCAAAAUUGAUGUAUCCUCAACCAAAGUUACCGCAUUUCCAUGCUGUUGUUGUUGCAAAUGUUGUUAAAGCAACACCUCAUACUUUUAGCUUAAUCACAAAUACACAUUCAAACUGGGUGCACAGUCUUCCACCACCACCACCUUCUCCUCCUUUGUCAGCUUCAUUGACUGGAAAUGCAAAAUUUGCUCCAUUAGGUCAGCGCGUUGUAGCUCAUUCAGGAAGUGUUUUACCUACUGCUUUACCACCAACUGCGGUCAAUGCUGAGGUCAAGCACACAUUCGCAGCUCCUCAUGCCGAACCAACAUUAAAACCUACAAAAUCUUCUUUAAAAUCUAAAGUUAACCUUCACAAAGUUAUAUUAUCUCCAGGAAUAAGUUUAGCAAAAACAACUCAAUCAGAAAAAAUUCCACAACUUGUGCAUCCUGUUGGUAUGUCUUUACAAAUGACAAGAUCGUGUUGCGCAAUCCCCGAUAGUGUUUGUCCGAUACCUAAAGAUUGUGUUGGUUAUAUUGAGUGCCAUGGAAAUCAUGGCAACUACAAAAGUUGCGAACGUGGUAAAAUGUUUAAUCCAAUUACAAAUAUUUGCGACUACCCUAGAAAUGUAGAUUGUGAUUCAACAAAAGUGUUGACACAAAAUAAUGCACAAACAACAUCAACCACACCACUAUCAAUUCUUACACCAUCUAUAAUAACAACUUUAACAAUGCAACAAGCAAUAGUUCCUUUUUCAAGUGAAGCAACACCAAUACCUUCUGUUGUAGAAACAACACUUCUAAAUAAUAAUGCAGAACCACAAGCUUUAACUAUUUCUCCUCCAGUUGUUCCUUUUGUUGCGGCAAAUACAAAUCCACUGGCUGCACCCGUUUUUCAAGUUGCUCCAUCUUUAAGAGAUGACACAGCAAAGCAAGUAGCAGCUCAACCUAGAGUUAAUCGCCCGCAUUCUGAUGAUGAUGGUGUGUUACGAGAAGUAUGGUUUGGUUUAGGACUAAGUCCUUUACUGACCCUUCUUACAAACAAUCCACGGUUUCCAACUAAUCCCGAUGAAUAUAUAGUUCUAGACAAGUUUGAAGCGCCACCAAAUGCCGGAGAUGGGUAUGGACAGAGGCUAUCAACUUAUUAUAAGGCACCCACUACUGGAGAGUUUAUUUUUUACAUUUCGUGUGACAAUGAAUGUGAGUUGUGGAUAAGUCCAGAUACUGAAGAAAUUCACUCCAACUUAAUCUUAGAGUUGAAGCAUGGUCAUUAUACGUCAUAUAGACAAUGGCAUAAAUAUCCAGCCGAGCAAACUUCUCGCCCAAUAUUUUUGGCAAAAGAUCAGUACUACUUUAUGGAGAGUUUUAUGAAGGAAGGAACUGGGGGUGACGAUUUAAGCGUUGGAGUGCAACUACCAGGUGGCGAACUUGACCUUCCAAUAUCUAAAAACCUCUAUCUUGUUCCAGGUGAUACGUCAUCAGAUGCAUUAACAAGGAAGGUUGGUCAAAGUGUUUUAUUACCUCAACCUGAACAAACUGUGCUAAAUCCACAGAUUCAUCAGCAAUAUUUAAGUCAACAAUUUUCUGCACAGCCCUCUGCUGCGCAAUAUAAUCAACCUUUCGGACAACCAGUGGUUGCUCCGCAACCGUCUUCUUUAUCAGAACCAACAGACUAUUCAUCACUUAAUUUUCAGCCAAUUCAAACAGCGGAUCAAUGGAGCGCGUUUACAAACAAACAAAAUAGAGAGCCGGGUUACUCAUCAUUAGAGCAAUUUGCAGCUGUUGCAAACAAUAUUGGAAAUAUCCCAGGUGCAGAGAUGUACGCACAUCACGAUGACGAGGAGCCAAUUGAGGAGAGCAACCAGCAUUUUAGGUCAUCGGUAAAACGCAACUAUAUUCCUGUUAGCAACGAUUCUUGAUCAGAAUUGAAUAAAUAAAGCACGAUACAACCACGAAAACCAUGGUAAGACAUUUGACGGCCUAAUGUAACAAACCCGCUGUUACUUUUUAUUCACAAAAGGUGUUGCCGUCUAAAAUGACUUAGAAUGCAUUGCUGUUUGGUGACAACAGCAGGUCAAGUUUAAAAAAUUGAUUCUGUUAAGCAACGUAAAUGUUAAAACAAUCAUUUAUAAAUAAUCGACUAAAAAACUCCAGAAGACCUCAGUAGUACUAAGAUCUCGUAAAUUUUUUUAUCAUAUUUUUUAUUAAAGUAAUUUUUCUGUUUAAGACGGAGAUUCAUUUAUAUUUUUAAUUAGUGAAUGAAUUUUGUACAGUGUGUAUAAAGAAAUAUUUAAACAUAUCCUUUUUACAAA